GAGGAUCGGCGACCGUGUAUAUUAAGAUCUGCUGACACAGCCAAGUGUCAGACAAGAAACGGUUGAACGCCAGUUACUAUUACACUUCUUGUAUGACACACUUGUCCUCUCAUCUUGACUUAUUUGGAAGCUUGGUAGAGAAGCAGUAAAGGCGAGUCGGGAUCUGUGCGUGGGAACACCGUGAAAAGCAUUUUAACUGUAUUUCAUUUCUUUGGCUUCGUCUUCCAACCCCAACGUAAUGCCCACAAAGGUUGCUAAGCCAGUUACAUUCUGGCCAUUGCACCGUCCAAUCCUCCGCCAACAGGGGACGAUAGCGCUUUCCAAAGGCAUUGCCGUUGCAGAAUCCUACCGCAGGAGCCCUGUAAGGAGGCCCGGGGGACGCACGAAUAAGGUAAUGUCUGAUGCAGAUACGGAAAGUAGCGUUAACACCUGUCGAAGUGAGGAAUUCUGCAGGAAACACUCCCUGACUUCCUCCGAGAGUGACGGUGGACCACACAUCAUUGUCCAUACAACCAGUGUCGAAGAAGAUGACGACGAUACAGAAUUUCCUGAGAAACUGCAUAUUCCCUACCUUCUCAGUGUGUCCGGAAUCGAGUCUGUCACCUCGACAGACAUCGGGUCGGAUUACACUAGCGAGGGAGGGGACUCUAGUCACGAGGUAGACGCUCAGUCUGUGACACCAGAAUUGAAGGCCGCCCUAGUCAAGCAGGUGGAAGAAUAUCUCAGUGACGAAGGGUUAGCCAAUGAUUUAUUUCUUCUCAAACACGUCAAGAGGCAUAAAGAUGGCUACGUUUCGCUUAAGUUACUUUCUGGAUACAAAAAGGUCAAGAAAUUAUCGCGAGAUUGGCGUAUACUAGCGUUAGCACUGCGAGAGUCUGCUAAAUUAAAGGUCAACGAUGAAGGUACAAAAGUGAGACGUGUUAAGUUUUUGCCUUCAUCUUUAUUGUACGACGCGCCUUCGUCAAGGGCACUCGUUGCUGUUAAUGUCCCUCCAACGCACGCCUCUAUGGGGUGUCUAGCCACUCUUUUCGGGUUGUACGGUGGGGUGGCCUCCCUCCAAGUCGUGAGGCCUAAGCCCGGUGGAGGAGUGCCUUCAGAACUUCAACCUCUGCUUAGUAAGUUACCCGAAAUAGCGACCACUAUCAGCGCCAUCAUCGAGUACGAAGAUGUGUGGGGGGCAGCAAAGGCGUUGCGAGAGUUGACCAAACCACCAAUGACGCUGCAUGUCCUGAAGCGUAGCCGACGAAGUGAACGCAUCUCGGGGCAUUCAAGCAGGAUGUCUCCAGCGCCCACACCCACUCCCAAAGGACGAACUCCAAGCAGGUGUGAAAAUGGGGUGCAACCCGAAGAACUCCGUUCGCGUCUCAAAGGUAGUCGAUCAAGGCAAAGAAAUAGUCAAAGAGAGUCGAGUGCCUCCGACGGCGAGGAAGGAGCAAGUGGAAGAAUGUCAUGGAGGAUGGGCCCUAGGACCCUCUCUCCACAGCCGCCAUAUAAGCCUCAUUAUCGGAGGCCCAUAGGUAGCAGCUUGUCCACGCCUAACUCUCCUACAGUCUUCCGUCGCGCCCAACAACAGCAAUUCGGUAUCCUUCGCUCUCCCAGAGGUCCGGAUGGCACUCGAGGAUUUGCCCGCAGGAAUUCACACGACGUCACUAACAUACCGUCUCACCGUCUCUGAUUUAGAGUCACGUAUUUUUAAUUAUUUAUUUAUUUAUUUAUUCAUUUACUUUGCAUCAGCUUUGUAAGGAAGCUCGCAACUUUGUAAAUAUGUUACGCAAAAUUAUAUUGUAAUUCUUGCUACUGAGACAAUUCAAAUAUUUAAGUGCACUGAAAUUAUUUACUUGAAACUGAUUUACUUUCUGGAUAACUUGCAAUCACUGACGCUUUAGUCGUAAAAAUAAAUCCAUUUUAAUUGUAAAAAAUAAUAGAAAAUAAAUUUAUUUAAUUAAAUUCUCAUUAUGUGUGUAUAUAUUGUACGAUAAUUAUGUAACAAUAUAUUUGUACUACUUUAAAAUCAGUUCUAGUGUCCUCUCGCAAAGAGUACCGUACCACAACUGUAAAUAUUUCAUACGAAUCGAUAUCUUGUGUUAA